AUGGAUUCUGCUGCUGCUGCUGCUGCUGCUGCCCGCUCCAAGAGGCCGUGGGAAGAAGAAUCCCAUGCUCUCCCCAACCAUCACCCACCCCACUCCCACGCCCGCUGCGAGUGCUCCACGCCGCUCGACCAUAGGCCGCCACACGCCCUCCACCAAGACCCCGGAUCCGCCCAGCCAUGGCCCUUCCGCCCCGACGCGCGCCGCGAGUCCGCCGUGCGCCAGCUGUAUUUUGCCGACUCUCCCUCGCCCCAGGACCUGCAGAGUCAGGCCGAUGCCGCGCAGAACAACAAGAGACGCCGCCUCUUCUCCCCCCAUCUACCACGCCCUCCCGCUGACUCAGCCGGCUUCCGUGGAAGCGGGGAAGACCACGAUGACGAGCCUGGCUGUCAGCAGCCGCCUGCAUCGCCCACCAUGUCGUCUGCCCAUCUUGACCCGCGUGGCUUCCCGCCUCCCGUCUUGCCCCAGGACGACAGUGCUUGCUGCGAGACCUCCUGCAACGGCCUGGCCUGUACGAGGCGGCGAGCCCUGAUCAGCGAUCUUGUCGCCGAAGUCGACACGCUCAAUUCCGGCUUCCAGCGCUUCGUCCUGCAGACCAACAGUCAGCCACGAUCGCAUUCUUUAGCACUUGCGAGACUGGGAACAGACCAGGCCCUCGCCUUUGCCGUCGACCUCCUACGAGCGAACGUUGCCAGUCUCCGAGAUCUGACGACCCCCCUUCCGCUUCCCUCCGGGGCAGACCAUCACUCCGCUUCCACUGCCGCCGCUACCGCCGAAAUCCGCGAUGUCAUGAAGCGCAGAUUUGACCCCAUCACGAAUCAAGAAGCCCCUCCCUUCCUGUCCCGGCCGACGAGCGGUGGAGACAGGGACCCGUCUCGCACAAUCCCUCCACCCGGCCCUUACGAUGAUGUCCGGAGAAGCUUCCAAGGAAGUAGGGAUCCUUUAUCGCCGCACCACUCUCCUCCAGGAGCAUACCCCAUCCCCACUAGCGGAAACGCCUACCACACACGACCUUCGUCACCUGUUGCUCUUCACAACUACCACCACCCUCCGCCACAUCGAAUGCUCCCCUCCCCAUCCUCUCUGAACAUCCCAGCACCAUCAUCCAUCCUGUCUCUCGCCUCAUCUUCACCUUCCCUCCUCCCCCAGCCUUCCUUGUCGUCCUCGUCCAACGCCGCGCACACCGCCCACCUACAAGACCUUCAGCAUCAAAUCUCACUCAAGACGCUAGCGCUCCAGACGCUCCGGCAGGAGUACGACGCCCUGCUAGCGAAGCUCGACCGCCAGCGCACCAAGUGCGCCACGCUCGAAAGAAAGUUCGAGGUCACCGACGUCGAGAUCAACGGGCUGACGACGGAGAAGGAGGAGCUGGAGUUGCGGGUCGCCGCUCUCGAGCAGCAGGUUGAUGAGCUAAGGGAGCAGCGCGACGACGCGCGGCGGCGGGAAGUGCGUACGGGCGAGCAGUACAGGAGCAUCGUGGAGAUGGCGGGCAGGCUGCAGGGAAUGGCAGCCGAGGAGAGGAGGACAUGGGUGCAGGAGAGGGAGGGGCUUCUCGGUGCUUUGGGAUGGAACGGUGAUGGUGGAGGUGGACGAGGGCCCGAGAAAGUAGACAUGCGAGGCACCUUCAGACAUGCAAUGUCUUCGACCGGCAUGGACGAUCCAACAAGAGGAGCGACCUUACUCGACACGGCAAAUCUUCCGCCUCCCAUUCGAGAUGCCGACCAGCACGCCCCACCGAUCCCGGCUUCUGCUGCUACGUCUCAAGUCAUCGCCGCACUACGAGUCGAGGUGGCUCAGCUACGCUCUCGGACGCAGACUCUCGAAGCCGCCAUCAGAUCCAUUUGCGACCAGGGUACCGGGAUGGAGGAAGCCUCUCAGGCCAUCGUCGAAGCUGGAAGAAGGAUGAAAGAGGCGGCAAGGGAAGCAAUCGGUGGUAGAUGA